AUGCCGCAAACACGCUCUCAGUCGGGGAAAACCCCCAGAAAAGUCGAUCGUCCAGAUUUUGUCGAGACCCCUGGUCGUCGUGGAACACGAAGUCGCGCUACAAGAUCCCCUGAAUCAGCCACAGAAAUGUCUUCGGUAUCUCCUGCCCCAGAAGGCACCAGGUCAACUCGGAGGCGCAAGGCGCCUCUGGCUGAAGUGAAGGAAGAUGAAAAAGACUUGCCCGUUCAAGGCAACGGACAUGCUGCUGCCGCUAAUGGAAAGGCAAAAGAUAACGAACCAAGAGUUAUUGAUGGCUGGAUCGAAGGCUCGGAUCCCAAGGUCGACCACAGCGGCGAAUUUGAAUUUGGAGGAUCGUACGGCACACUCUCGCUGAUGAUCGGCUUCCCACUGUUGAUGUACUACAUGUGGAUUGGAGCAACAUAUUACGACGGAGGGUUACCUCUACCAAAAGACCAAACCAUUCCAGAGUUUCUCGCACAUCUUGGCCACUUGGUUUAUGAGGGGGCUUACCCAUCACUCAAGGCAUGGACGAUGUAUUGGGUAUUCUUCAUUUUUGAAGGUAUCUGCUAUAUUGUACUCCCUGGUAUCACUUUGGCAGGACGACCUCUGCCUCACGAGGGAGGAAAGCAGCUACCCUACUAUUGCUCAGCCGUGUCAUCGUUCUAUGUCACGCUAGCGGUAGCCUUGGGUCUACAUUUCAGUGGUGUUUUCAAAUUGUAUACCAUCAUCGAUGAAUUCGGACCUCUAUUGAGUGUCGCUAUCCUUUCGGGCUUUCUGGUUUCAUUCAUCGCAUACUUUUCUGCUUUGUAUCGAGGAGCCCAGCACCGCAUGACCGGUUACCCGAUCUAUGAUUUCUUCAUGGGAGCCGAGCUUAACCCACGCAUGUUUGGCAUCCUCGACUUCAAGAUGUUUUUUGAAGUGCGACUUCCAUGGUAUAUCCUCCUCCUGCUUACCAUGGGCACUGCUGCUCGUCAAUACGAGCUGUACGGCUAUGUUUCUGGGGAGGUCUGCUUCCUUUUGAUGGCGCACUUUUUGUAUGCCAACGCUUGUUCAAAGGGAGAGGAAUGUAUUAUCUCGACUUGGGACAUGUACUACGAGAAAUGGGGCUUUAUGCUCAUCUUCUGGAACCUUGCUGGUGUUCCCCUCAGCUACUGUCACUGCACAAUUUACCUCGCCAACCACCACCCCGACACUUACCGUUGGAACCCUUAUGCCCUCACAGCUCUUUUUGUCGGUUACCUAUUCGUCUACUGGGUCUGGGACACUGCCAACAGCCAAAAGAACCGCUUCCGUCAAAUGGAGCGCGGAACAACAGUUUUCCGCAACGCUUUCCCACAGCUACCUUGGCAAACCGUUCACAACCCGGACGUCAUCAAAACCCCUCAAGGCACCAUUCUUGUUUCGGGCUGGUACGGAUUGGCUCGUAAGGUUCACUAUACCUGUGACUUGUACUUUGCGCUCAAUUGGGGUCUCAUUACGGGAUUCAGCAGCGCAUUCCCUUGGUUCUAUCCUGUGUUCUUUGCGUGUAUGAUUUCGCACCGAUGCUGGCGGGACAUUCAGCGUUGUCGGGCCAAGUAUGGUGAUGCUUGGACGGAAUAUGAGAAACGUGUUCCUUACUUGUUCAUUCCAUACGUCAUCUAA